AUGUCCUCCCGAAAAAAACUUGAAAAGUCUUCAGCGAUUCUCUUUGCAGUGGCGGCGGCGAUACUCCGGCUCUCGUGUCCUGUCCACCAACCCCACCAUCAAAUCUUCAGCACCGAGUUAAAAAACGUUCUCCGAUAUCGAAUUGCGCCGACCGAGGCCCGUGUUCCGUCGAAUAAGUUGCAGCCACAACCACCGGACGCAUUGAGAGACGCCUACCUAUCUUUUCGACCCUUUCACCUUGUUAUCACCGGUCACCACCGAUAUCUAUACAUAUCAUAUCGCGACAAUUCCCCUGCUGGUGUCCACCACAAGACUCGAACAUUCCCAGACGGGCAGCUCAACUCCACAACUCCGUUUUUACCCCGCGCAACAAGACAGGGAUUUUCGCUUUUGGCGAAACGUCGCCCUGCUGUACCCCGCGUUUUGCCCACCCUCUCUGCCUCUCUGGACAGCACUUAUACCCCGCGACCUGACGACGCACAAACAACGCGCCUUGUCAGCCAGCCUCCCCCGAACUCCUUGAGCAAUCAUCUCAACCUUUUCGCCCUUUUUUUGUGUCUCGGGCAGCCGCCCCUCAGCACCCUUUGUUGCUCUCCUGUCGCCCCGCCCUGCAACCAUCCUCUGACCGCCUCUUUAUCUUCAGGUCUGCUGGCCAAGCAUUUUGAUGACUUGUGUCACUGCAAAGUCAGUCAGACGGCAGCCCAACAACAAGGCACUUGUGUAGGAUCGCCCUUACCGAGCCUCCCGUUUGCCUUAUUAGGCAGGCCACCCCGCCUCUCCCACCACCACAAAGACGCCGACCCCUUUCACCAAAGCCUCACAAAGCAUAUAAAGCAACAAAGAGAGACCGAACCCCUCCUUUGUGUGCCACGUGGUUUUAUAUAUUGUCCUGUAUUUUCUACAGUUCCUCCCCACUUCAACACCACACGCGCAAUGUCAUCUCCACAGGGCUCACCAAACGACAUGAACGCCCAGUCAUACAUGCUCGUCCCCAACCUCCACGUACCAGACGCAAACACCAGCGAGAUGGACCUGAACAGCCACUCAUGGAUGAUGGCCACCGUCAUCGAAGAUGAUGACUUGAUGUUUGGCGGCAAGCCUCUCAGUGCUUGGUAUGAGGAGGACCGCCGCAGAUUCAGCUCUGGCCAAGACGAGGAGGAAGAACCAAGGGGCCGACAGAGGGAGCGCACCGAGAGCUCAACCCACCACUCGCAUCAGCACCAUCCCCAACAACCACAACAACAUCGCCACCACGGAAAGAACACCAAAGACCCAAAGCAACAAUAA